GGCAUCGACUUGCACUCAGCUAGAGCUACAAGAGAGCAGGUAAGAAGAGAGCGCAGCACGAAAUAUUCCGUGCCGAUGAAGAAAACUAAAAGAAGUUGCUACCCAAUUGUAAUCUGCAUCUUGAUCAUUUUCAUUGCGCUUCUUGGGGUUUUCAUUGGGUUCCUAUUGAUCCACCCAGGCGUCAUCGGAAUGUCAUGCUCAACUCAGGUCAAGUCUCCCCAGCCUUCCUCCCCGGUUCAUUUUCGAACCAUGACCCGUCCAUUCUACAACACCACGACAACGACUACGCAAUCGACCUCGAAGACAAACCCCAAGACUCAAGCCACAGCCACAGGUACACCAAGUGGCAUUGAUCCAGUGGCGAUUGCAACCUGCCUCGGCGUUUUGGAAAAUGCGUGCGCAACGAACAACUCACGAACAACCUUUGGUGAGUGCGAUUCAUUGUUUGUGUUCUUUUAUUGUGACUUGACUGAUAUGAUGGUUUUUCGAGGUGCAAUGAAGCUUGAUGCUGACGGAUUAGGUUCAGUUUGUCAGCCAAUGAAGAAGUUUUGUUCGAGAGCUAUCCCAUUGAACAGAAUUCCUCUUGCAGAGAUCAGUCCCUGAACCGUGAGUUCUGAGUUGAACGAUACGAGAAGAGCAGCGUGUAAGAUAACAUCAAGAAUAAUAGACAUUUUUUCCAUAAGAAAUCGUGCUUGUCCUAUAAUUGUGAGAGUAAAAACUGAGAAUGAAAACGAGAAUGAAAACGAGAACGAAUGCGUGCAAAUCUGUGCGAAUGAACAUGGAACAAAACUGAAGCAUGUAGAGAAUCGUAGACGGCCUGUAGCUACAGGGCGAUGAAGCGUUGCAGUUGAGUUCUGAUGAAAGUGCCACUGAAGAAAAUCGUGGUAAUGAUUGUAUCCGUCUCGUGUAUAAAGCAUCCUUAGGCCAUGUAAUUACGAAUCAUUGGGAAUUCAAUCUGGACGUUUCAAACAUUCUCCAGCUUGUUCAUGAGAGCUUGCCAAUAUCGCUACAGAAAUGAGUAUCCAGUCGUCAUCUGUACGCAACCAAGCAACCACAAAAUGGCCGGCACUUGUUAGGAGGAGGAGGCCAAGAUUGUUUGCGAGUGUUCCAAGCGUCUGGGCCUAAACAAUUAGCGAGCCAUGCUA